AUGGUGGAGGAGCUGCCCCCGAGCUUGGUGUUGGGCCCGUCUGCUACCGUCUUACUCCAAAAGCUCAACAAAAGGGGGCCAUGCAUGGACAUGGCCAGCAAGCGGGAGCAGGACUCCCUUGCCACCACUGCGUCCAGGACAGGUGUCUCCAGGAGGCUGGACUCCAACUUGAAGGCUCUCAGUGUCUUCCCCUUCGUGGCCCUGCUCCUGCUGCAACGGAGGCUGGUGGCUGGCCGGGCUUUGCUGGUGAACGGCCCCAGCGCCGGCUGCCCCAUCAACAGCUUAUGCCGCUCCAACGUCUACGAGCAGACGCGCAAGCAGGUUGCGCUGCUCAACGCCACGGCCCAGGAUCUCUUCAGCCUCUAUCUGAAGUGCCAGGGAGAACCUUUCAGCAGCGAGACCGACAAGCUCUGCAACCCCAAUGGUAUCUACUUCCCUGACUUCCAUGAGAACCGGACAAGUGAGAAGGAGGUCAUGGUGGCCAUGUACAAGCUCUUCGCUUUCCUCAACGCCUCGUUGGGGAACAUCACACGAGACCAGGAGGAGCUCAACCCUACAGCCAAGGAGCUUCUUGACCGCCUCCACAACACCACCAAGACCACGCGGGGCCUCAUCUCCAACCUCACUUGCCUACUCUGCAAAAACUACAACAUCUUCCAGGUGGAUGUGAGAUACGGGGAGAGCAGCAAGGGUAAGAGUGCCUUCAAGAAGAAGCAGCAAGGCUGCCAGGUGCUUCGCAAGUACGUGCAGGUCAUCUCCCAUGCAGCUCGCAUCCUCUUACCUCACCUGAGCCCUGCGUGA